AUGGCUGAAGAUGCACCAAAUGGCGACGGAAGACGCGAGGUGGGAGACGAUGCAGUGUGGUCCCUGUCUUCCGCCAAACCCGGCAAUGGUGUCGACCAACUACGUGACAACAAUAUGGACACGUAUUGGCAGUCGGACGGAAUGCAGCCACACCUGAUUAACAUCCAAUUUGCCCGUAAGAUGACCAUUAUGGAGGUGGCACUGUAUCUGGACUAUAAGCUGGACGAGAGCUACACACCCAAGAAGAUUGCCAUCCACUGUGGCUCUACAGUGCAUGAUCUCAAGGAGAUCCACGUGCAACAUGUUGCAGAGCCAAAGGGGUGGAUCUCCAUUCCUCUGCACACGGGUGAAGGCUUGGAACAGGCUCCGCUGCGCACAUUCUUCUUGCAGAUCGUCAUCCAUGCAAUGCACCAGAACGGACGUGAUACUCAUAUUCGACAGGUAAAGAUCUAUGCGCCACGCGAACCCAACGUUCUCGACUGGACCAUCCCAGAGGCAACGACACCGCAGUUUGCAGCAUAUUCCUGCAUUCGUUAA